UCUCAUUAACAUUGACGCGCUAACCACACCAACAUGGCUCUCGAAACUAUAGCCGCUGUUUCAUCCUUAAUUGCCUGUUGUGUAUUUCUCAUUUACGCACUCCUAACAGCCAAAUACUCGUACUGGAAGAAGCGCGGUGUCCAUGGUCCUCAACCAGUGCCAUUUUUUGGAAAUGUAAAAGACACGAUGCUCAGACGCACCAACUAUAUGGAACAAUAUAAAAACUUCUACCAAUCCUUUCCUGACUGCAAAGUUGUCGGGAUCUACCGUGCCUGGCAUCCGGCACUCUUGAUCAGAGACGUGGACGUCCUCAAACAUGUUAUGAUCAGGGAGUUUGACAGUUUCUCCGAUCGCGGCUUCAGCUUCAGCAACAAAGGUCUCGGUUUCAAUCUCUUCAACGCGGAGAGCGACGACUGGCGCGUGCUACGCUCUCGACUGUCCCCCAUGUUCUCAUCGGGGAAACUCAAAAACAUGCUCUACCUGAUGACUAACUGCGCUGAAAAGUUCCUAGACUACCUCGGCCCGUUAGUUGACAAUGCUCCCGAACAGAACGUCCAUACACUAGUCCAGAAAUUCACCAUCGGCAACAUUGGUUCCUGCGCUUUCGGUAUCAACAUAGACAUCAACAACCUCGACAGCGUUUACGAUAAUCUCGACAGUCUCAUCUUCUCCUCGAACUACGCCAUCGAGCUGGAGAUGAUGUAUCCCGGCAUUUUAAAGAAGUUGGACAUGUCUCUGUGGCCGAAAGUGAUAAAGGACUUCUUUUACGGGCUGGUGACUGACAUACUGCGAGAUCGCAACGGCGUCGCUUCCGACAGGAAGGACUUCAUGGACUUACUUCUGGAGCUGAGAAACGUUGGCGAGUUACACGGUACAAAAAAAAGCCACGACGACAAGGACAGAACACUCCACAUCACGGAAGAUGUGAUGGCUGCUCAGGCCUUCAUCUUCUACGCGGCCGGUUACGAAACUAGCGCUACAGCCAUGGCCUUCCUUCUACACGAACUAGCGGUGAAUCCUGAUAUACAAGACCGAGUUGUGGCUGAAAUAGAUCAGGUCCUGAAGAAACAUAACGGGGAAGUCACUUACGAGUGCAUUAAAGACAUGACUUAUUUGGAACAAGUGUUUAACGAGACCCUGCGGAUGUAUCCUGUGGUUGACCCCAUUCCUCGAAUGGCGUUGAGAGAUGUGGAGCUCCCGGGCACUGACCUGACCGUCGAGAAGGGCAUGGCGGUUUUAGUUUCUGUCACCGGCAUACACUACGAUGCUAAGCAUUGGCCCAACCCCACUGAGUUCAACCCGGAUCGUUUCUCACCGGAGAACUGCAAGGACAGGCACCCUUGCGCCUAUUUGCCCUUCGGGCUCGGACCAAGGAAUUGCAUAGGCAUGCGUUUCGCGCAAGUGCAGUCAAAGGUGUGUCUAGUGAAGCUGCUGCAACGUUACCGCGUGGAGCCGUGCGAACGCACACGGAGGCGGCCGAAGUUUGACCAGGACCGACUAGUGCUGCGAUCUAAAGAUGGACUGCCGUUGAGGAUCUUACCUCGUACGGUUGUACUCCAUAAAAUAUUGUAUGAUAAUUAGUAACUAUUAUUUGGGCUCAGUCCCAUUUGUCUGAGGAUCGUGGUUGCAUCAGAAGCGGAUAUUCAAAGCUUCACCGGUGACUGCUCGCAACGCAUCUCUGACGACGGUUUAAAAAUCAAAGGACGACUAGAUGUUAAUUUGAUUUGUCCAUCUUGUUGGUGAGACAGCGCGAACAGGCUUUGGUAUUAUCUACCAGUAAUCCGUUUUCCUAGACUAGACUCAGCGUACCGCGUGUCUAAGAGGAUGGUUAGUUGACGUAUGGUAAAUUGGGGCACUAAUUUACGUCAACAUAUUUAUUAAAUAAAGAAUAUGUUACAUAGCA